AUGCAUUUCAUGAACCCGCCUGUCAUCAUGUCAUUGGUGGAGGUGGUGCCAGGGCUUGCCACGUCAGACCACACGCUGCACCUCACCAAGGGCCUCGCGCACAGGUGGGGGGAUAUUGGAUGGGGGGAUAGGGCCUUCUAUGCGCUGCUGGAGGGGGUGGGCACUCCCAUGGACAUCGAUAGGGGCAUGAAGCUCGGGCUGGACACAUGUGUCGCCAUCAUGCAAGUGCUGCACGCAGGGCUGGGAGACGCCAAGUACCGCCCCUGCCCUCUGCUCUUCCCUCAAUCACCUAUCUCUGCUCCCCACUGCGCGAUACACUCCCCCCAUCUGUCCCCCAUGUUCCAGCCCAUGGGACCUUUGCAUCUAGCGGACCUGAUAGGGCUGGACACCUGUGUCGCCAUCAUGCGAGUGCUGCAUGCGGGAUUAGGAGACGCCAAGUACCGCCCCUGCCCUCUGCUCGUGCAAUAUGUAGAUGCUGGGUGGCUGGGUCGCAAGAGCGGGCGCGGUGUGUAUGAGUAUCCCAGGCAGGAGGAGGUGGGAGGAGACGCCAAGUACCGCCCCUGCCCUCUGCUCGUGCAGUAUGCAGAUGCUGGCUGGCUGGGUCGCAAGAGCGGGCGCGGCGUGUAUGAGUAUCCGACACAGGAGGAAGGGGGGAGGGAAGGGGAAGUGGAAGGGGAGGGUGGGGAGAAGGAGGUGAGAGGGAGACAGCUGGCAGGCAGACAGGCUGGGCACUAG